CUCACACUGUUGUGUUUGUGAGCAGGUCGUGGCAGAGCAGAUCCCUCAGCUGGUUCAGGGCGUUCGCGGCAGCCAGUCUCAGCCUGACAGUCCCAGCGCUCAGCUCGCCCUCAUCAAUGCCAGCCAGAACUUCCUGCAGCCAGGAGCAAAGAUGGUGACAGCCGCCAAAGCCACGGUUCCCACCAUCAGUGACCAGGCCUCAGCCAUGCAGCUCAGUCAGUGUGCCAAGAACCUGGCCAGCGCCCUGGCAGAGCUGCGCACCGCCUCGCAGAAGGCUCAGGAUGCUUGUGGUCAGCUGGAGAUCGACAACGCUCUGGUGAUGGUCAGAGAUCUGGAGAAAGACAUCCAAGAGGCAAAGGCUUCUGCCCGGGAAGGCAAGCUGAAGCCGCUGCCAGGAGAGACGCUGGGGAAAUGCUGCCAGGAUCUGGGCACCAACACCAAGGCGGUGACCUCGGCGAUCGCACAGCUGCUGAGCGAAGCCACACAGGGAGACGAGAACUACGCAGGUGGGUCCAACAGAACCAGUUGUUCUGCAGUCUUUGAGGCACACCACUAUGGAUUCAAGCUUUAGAAAUUGUUCUGUUUU